AUGUUCCGUCAAGAAUUCGCGAGCGAACAUGGUGCCGCAGAUCCCGUGUUGAUGGAGUGUUGGAGACGGACGUGGUGGAUGUUAUAUAUCGUUGACGCCUACUACGCAGGGACUCUGGGGACAAUGAACUUUGCCGUCGUCGACGUCGACGCGACAGUGGACCUUCCGUGUGAGGAGCGGGAGUAUGAGUUAGAACAAAUUCCAGUUCCAAAAACUCUAGAAGACUUCGACUGUCGAGAAUUUGCCGACGAAGGCACCUCAUUCUCAUCGUUCGCAUACUUGAUCAGCGCCCUCAGAUGUGCAGCAUUAGCAAUAUCCAUUUCGCCAAAAAUCGCGGCCAAGGAGGACUCGGCGGAUAUGAUCCAGUCCGCCGACUCCAUCAUUGACGGAUGGUCUCUGCUAUUGCCCAAAGAUCGCAAGCAGGUCAUGACCAAAUCCGGGGACAUUGAUGAGCUUAUGUUCCAAGCGCACCUGCUUAUUCAUGUAGCUACAAUCGGCCUGCACAGACCUUUGUCUGACCUCAAGUUCAACCCAGUAGAAGACGUCUCAAGCUGCGCCCGAGACCCACCCGUCGACAAUCCCACACCGGACCUCAUCAACGUACACACAGUACGCGUCCUGCGAUCUGUGGAGGCGCAGAUCCGUCUUCUCGCGUUGCCAUCCCGACCGUUCCAGCACACUCCGUUCGUUACCUGCAUGGUCAGCGAGGGGACACUGGCCUUGCUCUCAGCCUGUGCUUUCCAGCUGAGUGGAAAGGAACUGGCGAUCGCCAGGGACCAGAUUCGGUUGACAAUUGGCUGUCUUAAAGACCUGGGAGAAUUAUGGCCGAGAACUGCGAGAAAUGUGAAGGAGAUACGGACCAUUGCUCGUCAUGUGCUGGGACUGGGUGGCUCAAGGGCCACUGGCAGUGGCAGCCCGGCUGGGUCGAGUAACGUGCCGAGUCUUUCGGGUGGUGAAAGUCGUGGUAGUCUAGGAUCUGAUGCUGAGGUUUCCAGUAUUGAUAACGGUGUUCUAGGCUCAUUGGGCUCGAUGGAAGAUGUCUGUGGAUGGUACAACCUGAGCGACCUGGGCCCGGAACUCGAGCAAUGGAUGGGCGAUGGGUUGUGA